UUCAUAACACACACAUACAUACAUACAUGCAAAUACUGUAUCUAUCUUUUUCAAAAAAUUCUUUUCAGAAAUUCAAUAAUGGCGGUCAGUGUUGGCGAAUCAGAAAAAUAUCUACUUAACCGUCACAAAGAGCACCACUUCACCGCCGGCGAAAUCGUUCGUGACAUCAUCAUCGGCGUUUCCGACGGCCUCACCGUUCCCUUCGCUCUCGCUGCCGGUCUUUCCGGUGCUAAUGCUUCUUCUUCCAUUAUCCUUACCGCCGGUAUUGCCGAAGUUGCCGCUGGCGCUAUUUCCAUGGGACUCGGCGGGUAUUUGGCAGCUAAAAGUGAGUCUGAUCAUUAUUAUAGGGAGUUAAGAAGAGAGCAAGAAGAAAUCGAUACAAUACCUGAUACAGAGGCGGCUGAAGUAGCCGAGAUACUGGCAGAGUACGGUGUGGAGCCACAUGAGUAUGGCCCUGUAGUAAAUGCUCUAAGGAAGAACCCAAAAGCAUGGCUUGAUUUCAUGAUGAAAUUUGAACUUGGACUUGAUAAGCCAGAUCCAAGAAGAGCACUUCAAAGCGCACUAACGAUAGCAAUCGCUUAUGUAUUGGGUGGGUUGGUCCCCCUUUUCCCUUACAUGUUUAUCCCAGUUGCUGGAAAAGCGGUGGUGGCCUCUGUUAUCUUGACCAUAUUAGCCUUGCUGAUCUUUGGGUUUGCAAAAGGUUACUUUACUGGUAAUAAACCAGUUUGGAGCGCCCUGCAAACAGCACUGAUUGGAGCCAUAGCAUCUGCAGCCGCCUAUGGCAUGGCCAAGGCUGUGCAAGGAUUGUGAGUGGUGAGUUUGUUAUUGUCUAUGUUUCAUUUUGAUUUGAAAUUGCAUUCCUUGUAUCUGUUGCCGAAAUUUGAUUUGAAAGACUUAAUAUCAAGUAUUUGUUUUUGCGAA